AUUUUAAAAAUGUAAUAAUUAAUUAAUUGAAAGGAAAAAUAAAAUACAUUUGUUUUUGUAAACUCGCCUCUCCUCCUCUCUGUCUCUCGGGUAUCUUCAAUUCUUCCCAGGCAAUCGUACGCUACUCUGUCGAAUCUUGGCAAUCGAAGCCCGCAACUCGUGUUGUUUCUUCGUUCUUGCGUCUGAAGCACUCCAGUGAAUGCGGAAAUAUUGGGACUUGUAUGCUCAUUUGGCAUUAUGUCUGUGGAUGUGUCUGGAUAGAGGUUUGUGAGAUAACAAUUCUGGAUAAAUUCUUCCUUGCAUUAUGUAUGUGGAUGUGUCUCCAUAGAGAUUUGCAUAGGCCAUUGGUGUCUUCGGUACAGCAACUACCUACCAUCAAAAAUCAUCUUGAACGAAUGAUAUUGUGAUUAGCAUGUCUGGACUGAUUGAAGGUCUUCCUGACGCUGUGGCAUUGAGGUGUCUUGCGUGGGUACCCUUCUAUCUUCAUCCAAAGUUGGAGCUUGUAUCGCAUUCCUGGCGAGCUGCUGUUCACAGCCUUGAGCUGUUUAAAGCCCGAGAGGACCUUGGUUCAUCCGAGGAUCUACUAUGUGUUUGUACUUUUGACCCAGAAAAUUUGUGGCAACUUUAUGACCCUCUCCGAGACCUUUGGAUUACCCUCCCUGUUCUUCCCUCAAAGAUCAGACACCUUGCGCAUUUCGGUGCUGUGUCCACUGCUGGAAAACUGUUUGUGCUUGGUGGGGGUAGUGAUGCUGUUGACCCAUUGACAGGUGAUCAAGAUGGGAGUUUCGCCACCAAUGAGGUCUGGUCAUAUGACCCUGUACUGCAUCAGUGGACCCAGCGUGCCUCAAUGCUUGUCCCCCGUGCUAUGUUUGCGUGCUGCGUUUUGAAUGGAAAGAUCAUUGUUGCUGGUGGUUUCACCAGUUGUAGAAAAUCAAUCUCUCAGUCGGAAAUCUAUGAUCCAGAGAAGGAUGUAUGGAUCCCAAUGCCUGAUCUCCAUCGCAGUCACAAUUCUGCAUGCUCAGGGAUAGUGCUUGGGGGAAAGGUUCAUGUCUUGCACAAGGGCUUGUCAGCAUUGCAAGUCUGGGAUCAUAUGGGACGUCGGUGGAUUGUUAAGGAUUAUGGUUGGCUCCAAGGUCCAAUGGCAGUUGUUCAGGGUGCUCUCUAUGUGAUGAGCCAUGGUCUUAUAUUCAAGCAGGAAAAAGAAGCGAGAAAGGUUGUGGUAUCUGCCUCAGAAUUUCGAAGGAGAAUCGGAUUUGGAAUGAUUGGCCUUGGAGACGAAAUAUACAUAAUUGGAGGCGUGAUUGGGCCCGACAGAUGGAAUUGGGAUAUCAAGCCGAUGCCUGAUGUUGAUAUUCUGACAGUCGGGAGCGAGAGACCAACUUGGCGCCAGGGAGCACCAAUGUCUCGUUGUCGCGGAACAAUUCUCGGAUGUACUUCUCUGAGGAUCUAGAUCUCUAGAAAUUGUGCCAUCGUUUGCCGCAUUGCUUCCUUUUGGAAGACCAAAGAAUGAACUUGUUUUCCUUUCCUGCUUGUUUGUUUGUUGUUUGUAAGCUUAUUCUUUGUACUUGUUAUUCUGUUGGAUCUUUGGAAUGUUAGGAUGGAAAUCAAUUUGUAGUGAGCUGCAAUUGUUCUUGUUUCAUGUUAUAACGCUUUCAUAGGUUCUAUUCGACUAGACCUAUUGAUGUU